GAGCCCGCAGCCCGCCCGCUAGGGUCGAGCCGGCCCUGGAGCGCGGGCAGAGAUCCGCGGAGCUGCGCGGCGGCCCGACGUCCGGGCUUCUCGGCGAGUGAGUGGCGCGCUGGCCCCGCCCCCCUGCGCAAGCGCGGAGCCGUUGCCGGCUGAGCGGUUGUGAGCCCGGGACCCGCUUCCCCGAGAUUCCGGGCUGAGCCGCGCGGGUUCGGAGGCCGGCGGGGCGGCUCGGCCCAGCCUGAAGCCCCGGCGUCCGCCUCCUGCGGCGUCCUCGAUCCGUCGCCUUGAAUUCUGACAUGAAUCCUGACAUGAAUCCCGUCGUCGUGGUCCACGGUGGCGGAGCCAGCAAGAUCUCUAAAGACCGGAAAGAGCGCGUGCGCCAGGGCAUCUUGGAAGCAGCCCAAGUAGGUUACAAAAUCCUGACAGAGGGAGGGAGCGCAGUUGACGCUGUGGAAGGAGCUGUGACCAUCCUGGAAGAUCAUCCUGAGUUCAACGCAGGCUGUGGAUCUGUCUUGAAUGCAAAUGGUGAUGUUGAAAUGGAUGCUAGUAUCAUGAAUGGAAAAGACCUGUCUGCAGGAGCUGUGUCUGCAGUCCGUUGCAUAGCAAAUCCCAUUAAACUUGCACGGCUUGUUAUGGAAAAGACAACACAUUGCUUUCUGACUGACCAAGGCGCAGCAAAAUUUGCAGCAGCCAUGGGGGUUCCCACGAUUCCUAAAGAGCAGCUGGUGACAGAGAGAAACAUAAAACGCCUAGAAAAAGAGAAGCAUGAGAAAGGUGCUCCGAACUCAGACUGUCAAAAAAACCUGGGAACUGUGGGUGCUGUUGCCUUGGACCGCAAAGGAAACGUGGCCUAUGCAACCUCGACAGGUGGCAUCGUUAAUAAAAUGGUUGGCCGUGUUGGGGACACCCCAUGCAUAGGAUCUGGUGGUUAUGCUGACAAUGACAUUGGCGCCAUUUCAACAACGGGGCACGGGGAGAGCAUCCUGAAGGUGAAUCUGGCCAGACUCACUCUCUUCCAUGUAGAACAAGGAAAGACCCUGGAAGAGGCAGCCGACAUGUCACUGGGUUAUAUGAAGUCAAAGCUGAAGGGUUUAGGUGGUGUCAUCUUGGUCAGCAAAGCAGGAGACUGGGCGGUGAGGUGGACCUCCGCCUCCAUGCCCUGGGCGGCCGCCAAGGAUGGCAAGCUGCACUCCGGAAUCGAUCUUGAGGAGACCAGUGUCACUGACCUGCCCUAGGGCCCUGAAAAUUGUAUCCUAGAUGCUAGCUUGGAAGGAAAGUCCAGUUUCCUGGUGUGGAGACUUGACUUAAUCAAUUAGAUCUAGAAGUGGAAAAUUCUGCAGUCUGUCAUUCGUUUUGUCGCCUUAAUCAAUGAGUAUGUUGAGGGGCGGAUCUGGAAGUGUCAAGAGAAAUGCCCCUAGUAAGGUCAAAAUAAGACCAGUGCAGAUAACCAAGUCCUGAGUGUUUCUUAUGAAUCAUCCCCAGCGUCUUAGAUUAGAAAGAAGAAACUACAUGAUCUGAACACAACAGCAGCCACUUCAGUGCAAGGAGUGCCAUCUGGGAUCAGGAGACCCACAGCGGGAACAGAGUGGCAGGUUCAGAAGGUAGAGGGACCCACACCACCACCUCCAGGGGCUCUCUUGGUUGCAGACUCUUAAUGGGACCCAGCCAAGGGUGAGGUGGGAAGGAAAGGAUCCAGUGACAUAUCUAAAAGCACAGAAGCCUCAGAGCUAAUGGGACAAGUCUAGGUGACCUGCAGAAUGUUGCAGAGGUCGUAUUAAUUCAGAAGAAUGUCUGGGAAAAGAUCCCAUGAGAGGAGAAACUGAUUUUUCUAAGAAAGUUCAGAUCUCAGAUUCAGUGUUGUAGACUUGUUUCCAGAUGCUUUAAAAGUAGCUUCUGGUAACCAUAGCCCCCAGUCUGAGGGUGAAGGGUCUAAUGGAGGCUCUGCAGCCUUCCUACAGGUCUGGGGGUUCUCUUGGGCUGCCAUGUGAGCCUGCUGGCCUGGCAUCUUCCUACUGGCCUCUGCCGGCUGCAGGCCCUCCUGGUUCUCACAGGUUCUGUGAGUAGCAGGGCUCGUGUGCAUGCGUAGGGAUCUGGUCCAUCCUCCCGCUGUCCAGAGCCCUGGGCCCCCACAGCUGACUACCUGGGGCAUGUGUACAACAUGGUCUGCAUGGCGAAAAAAAGUCAUUUCCUUGGAGACUUCCUAAUAACCUCUCUUUACACUGGAAAUGCUGUUUCUGCUGUGACAAUUUUUUAGUCUGUCAGGUCUUACCUUCUCUCUCGAAAGGAAUUGCUUAAGGUUAAAUUCCAUGUGCCACUAAUAAAACAUAUUUGGAAAGAAUAACAGUGUGGUUAGGAGUCACUGUUGACAAAGACCAGAAAGUCCACAAGCUCCGAUGUUUCUGCCAGUUCAGACAGGUGUACUAAUGAAAGAUUCCUGAGAGGAGGGUGGUACAGGACUGUGUUUGUACGUCCUGCCUCCUGGAGUAUCUCAGAGAGAUUUUCAGAAGCAUGGAGCUUCUUCCGAACAGGUUAAGGGAGAAAGCAGAACCACUGUUUGCAAGGAUCGGCAGGGCUAAUGAUCAGUGUUUUGAGGUUUGCCAGACCCUGGCCCACAACCUUCCCCUGCAGCCAGCUGCUCUGAGCUACGGAGGAGGAGGAAGCAGAGCUAAGUCUGAAUUCUGACUGUCCCCACUACCUGGGUGACUCUGGGCAAGUUAACUUCUAGGAAUGUUUUCAUGUGUAAAAUGGAUUACCAUGAAGAUUAAAUGAGAUCAAAGGAAAA